CACGCACGGGGACACAAUUAUGGCGCUUUUAACUUCAAUCUGGUCAGCUAUGGACAUACAGACAGUGUUGGUGUUCAUCUCCGUGUUUCUCUUCGGACUUCUCCUGUUGCGAAGACCGCGAAAUCUCCCACCGGGUCCGCUAGUGUUGCCCUUUAUCGGGAGUAUCUUAUUUUUCCAUGGCAUCCAGCGUAAACGCAAACGACUUGCGCGGGCCCUGAAUGAACAACGUGAAAAGUACGGAGACAUUAUCUAUGCGGAAAUUGAUGGAAUUCCGAAUGUCUUGAUACAGGGAUAUGACGUCAUCAAUGAAGCGUUUGUGAAGCAGGGUGACGUCCUCAGUGAUCGUCCCAGCUGGCUCAAACAAUUGAAAGAAGUUACAAAGGAGGGUAAAGGUGUGAUAUGGCAGAGUGGGCACGACUGGAGGCUUACACGGCGGUUCACAAUUCAGACGUUACGUGAUUUCGGCGUUGGGAAGACGUCUCUCGAAGAGAAGAUAUUCUGCGAGAUUGAUGCCGCCACCGAGUAUAUAAAGGCAACAGGCGCCAAGCCCUUUAACCCGCGGCAGCUUACUUCCAUGAUGAUCACAAAUGUCAUUUAUGGAAUUGUCUUUGGAAAAAGGUUUGAUUACAACGAAACCGAAUUCCACCACAUCGUAGAAACAUUGGACCGCAUGUUCAUUCGGGAAGGAGCCGGAUCGCCAAAUGGUUUAUUGCCGGAUUGGCUGCUCAAAAUCGUAAAUAAAAAGGCGUUCGACCAACGGCAGCUGCUGCUCCAAUCGAGGCGGUGGGUGCAAAAGCACAUUUACCAACAAAUUUCGGAUCACGAGUCCUCCUUCGAUGGCCAGCAUGUUCGAGACUUUGUCGACCUGUAUCUUAAUGCCAAGACUGAAGAAAAGUCAGACAGCGGCGUGCACACAGCGGGAAAUAUGUACCGCGUGAUAAUGGAUCUGUUCGUAGCUGGGUCAGAGACGACGUCGAACACCGUGAACUGGACUCUACUUUACCUCCAGGAAUACCCCGCAUUGCAGACCAAGUGUCGCAAAGAGAUACAGCAGGUGUGUGGCGACCGGAACGUACGCUGGACGGAUAGGGGGACCCUACCAUAUACGGAGGCCUUUCUGCUUGAAGUACAGAGAAUGGCGAAUAUUGCGGAGUUUUCGUUGCCGCACACGAAUGAAGUUCCGGUGACGCUCGGUGGCUACACUAUCCCAGCUCAUUCCCUAAUACGCGCCAACCUGUACUCCGUCAACAUGGACCGGAAGUACUGGUCGGAUCCGCAGAAAUUCAACCCAGACCGCUUCCUCAAGGACGGCAAGAUUAUCGGUCAAACAGCCUUCAUGCCGUUCUCAACAGGUCCCCGUAUAUGUGCUGGCGAAUCUUUGGCCAAGAUGGAGAUGUUUAUGAUCACGACGAAUUUGGUACAGCGGUUUACGUUUGCACGUGGCGAUCCGAGCACCAAGCACAAUUUCGAGCCCAUCUUUGAACAAAUCACGUCUGCCCCCGAGUCUUACAUGUCUCGAGCCACGCCCAUAUGAGAGCAUAGCUCUGUGUUUUAGAGAAAGUGUUUGAUUGACUAUCGUAUCACUGUCGACUCUAUUUGUAUUCAUUUAGACGUUCCAUUCACAUGCAUACGAUAGACUACUUGUUUUUGUCUAGAUAAUAUAAAACAACUCUAUUUUUUUUUAUUUUUUUUCAAAAUCGUUUAUGUUUGUAUACUACAAAUUGUAGUUUAAAGUUAAAGAUCUCUAUAUUGAAAAACAUGCACACUUUUACCUGCGUUAUUGACGCAUUUCUUGUACGUACAUAUACGGUAGCAUUAACUGCAUAAUUGGAAGAGCUUGAUCGAUGUUUUUGAAAAAUUGUUGAUAAUCGCUUCAGUGUAUUAAUUUAUGAAUAAAAAACAUUAAUUUAUCAUUGUCCUCAAAGCGCUAGUCCGCUAAAUUCGCACCGCUAGGCCGCUAGUGUUAAGUGGACUUUAAAUAUCCUCUUUAUGUUAUCAAUGUUGUGUUUUAUACAUGUUUGUUGAAAAGUUUUGAAAUGACUCAAUGGUAUGGAUAGAUUAUAUAAUUAGGACAAUAUA